AUGUCGAUCACUGAUAAAGCACCCUUCGUAAUGAUGGAAACCAGUAUGGGAAAGAUUUGUCUGGAGUUAUAUUGGGAUCAUGCGCCAAGGACUUGCCGAAACUUCAGUGAGUUGGCUCGUCGAGGAUAUUAUAACGGGACGAUUUUUCAUAGGAUUAUCGGAGAUUUUAUGAUACAGGGAGGCGAUCCAACAGGAACAGGAAGGGGUGGAGCUUCUAUUUAUGGCGACCGUUUUGCGGACGAAAUCUCCGAGAAACUUAAACAUACCGGUGCUGGAGUUCUAUCGAUGGCAAAUGCAGGCCCAAAUACGAACGGGUCUCAGUUUUUCAUCACUCUUGCUCCCACCCAACACCUCGAUGGCAAGCACACCAUUUUUGGACGAGUUGCAGCAGGGAUGAAGGUUGUGCAGAAUAUGGGAAAAGUCGAUACUGAUAAUCAGGACCGCCCACGAGCAGAAGUUCGAAUAAUAAAAGCUUAUCCAAGCGACGACUCUCGGUUCAGUUGA